AUGGAGGGGGAAAGGAUCCUUCGGGGAUUCAUGAAUGCAGUCGGGUACGGUUCGACCAUCCCAGGUUGGGAUCCCUGGCUCCGUGUCUAUAGCGCUGCAUGGACCGUUGCUUUACUCGCACACACGACUGAAGGGAUCAAGACAUUCAUCGACACGAUCAUUCAGUAUCUGGAAGUUUUGAAGUUCCAUGAGAAAGUGAGCGUCAUCCAUUCGCUCUCCUUUUAUGUCAUCAUCUUUCUUCUCGCCCUGGUCGACCUGUUCGUCCAAAGACGACUUUCUUCACUGAUAGAGGAAGUUCGGGCUGUUCAAGAUGUCGCUCUUUCCAUCGGUUUCUCGGCGAAUGCACUGAAAGCAGUCAAUUCCAAACUGGAAGUACUGGGAUACCAACCCGACGGAUCAGAGGGCAGAAUUCUCCCCUUGAUGGAACUACACUGCAGGAUCUGUUCCUUCAUCGAUGGGAUCGCCGACGCCUUCAAGGAGAUAUUCAUCCUUCAAGUCUUAUUCAUCACAUUAUUCCUCACCUUCAACGUCUACAUAUUUGCAGCUAAGGGAUUUUUGUAUGGACUGAAACAGCUUGGAUUCCGGACUUCGAUCUGCAUCUGUCUGCUUUACUUCAUCACCUUGUGCGGACAGCGGCUGAAAGACCAGGUUUCGAGAACUGGCGAAAUUUCGAGGAGGAUCGCCUCUAGGUCUACCCUGGACGACGCGUCCGUUCGUCAACUCCAGCUUUUUCUCUCCGGUCUCGCCUGCUCCCCGACCCGGAUCUCUGCCUCUGGGUUUUUUGCCAUCGAUAAGCAACUCUUCCUCUCUAUAUUGGCAGCAGUCAUGACUUACUUGCUCGUCCUGGUUCAAUUCCAGACUGCCGGCGGAACGAAUCAAGUGUAA